AAUCAGGAGUACCGAGUGUUUCAUGAGGAGUUGGACAACUGAUAAGGGAGAAAGAGACUGAAAACCGAAAUUAUAUUUCUUUUAGUAGAAAAAUAUAGUUUUUCUCACUCCAAAAAAAUCAAUCAAUGAUUCGCUUUUCUGUUACUGUGUUCCUGUUAUUAUUCGUGAUUGUUGUCGCCCAAGCGGGUCCCGCAGCGAAUUCGGAAAACCACGUUAAUCACGUGGAGCAGCUGAAGCUACAAUGUGCCGCAUGUCAAUUCUUGGGAUUGGCGGUCGCUGAAAAAAAUGUAAAAGUUCCAAGUGACAAUGCAGUGGCUCAUUGUCUGAAAUUCGAAGGAUGUGCAGUCAAGAUGAGUGAUUGUGAGAUCAUUUUCACGUUACAUUCGGAAAUCCAGAAAACGCCUGAAAAUUUUGAAAAAUCCUGGAAUGCGAUCUCCACUGCAGUUGAGAAAUGUUCUAGCAACUUCAAAGCCAUGGUGAUCAGUGAAGAUGUUAGCAAUACUCAAUGCACAUUAUGCUUCUUGGUUUACGAUGUUCUCAAGUAUAUAAACUAUAACAUUCUUGAGAAUCCAAUGUUGGCAACCGUAAAGGCAGCGCUUGGUGAGGCAUGCCCCCUUUUUAAUGAUGACCUUUGUCAAGCGCUCUUCCAACCGGACACCUUCGGAGCCAUUAUUCGAGGUCUUCAGGACUCUCUUGGUGGAUUCUAUGACCUCAUUGCUGUGCAGGGAUUCCAAUGUCCAACGUUGGAUCAACUUUUCGUGAAAUGCAAAGGCCAAUGAAGGAUUUCAAAUAACUAAACUAAAGAUUUUACACAGCGCUCUGGGGCAAGGAUUUUUGGAGAAUGAAACUUCAAAGAGUGCGUUAGAGCGCGCUUGCACACUUACCGAAUGGGACAAAAUUCCGCGAUUGUUCAAAUUUUUUAGAUGGAAUUUGGAAGAAAUAAUAAAAUACUGAAAUAAU